AUAAUUUUUAAUUUUAAAUUACCCGCGUUGUCUCUCUUUCUCUCUCUCAAAUCUUUCCUUGAAAAUGAGAGAAUACGUUAAGAUUUUUAGAUGAUACUAUUCGACCAAGUUCAAAAAGAUUUUUGACUUCCCGGGAUCUUCUCUUCCUAACGGCCACAUUAGCCAAAAGAUCAGCUUCCACCCGAUCCUUUGCUAUCUUUCCCAACAACCCAUCUCUCUCUCUCUCUCUCCCUCUGUUUUGCUUCUUUUUUUUUUUUGUCAAAAUUUUCCAUUGCCAGAUUACUUCUUCCAUUUUCACCACCUCUCUUACACCAGAAGUUCUUACUUCCUUCAAGCUCUCUCUCUACCUCUAAACUAAGUUUUCAUACUAUAGGUGGGUCUCUAUCUUGUGUCUUCUUCACUUUGAUUCGUUUGUCGACGACUUGGUGGCGCUUGUUCAAAUGGAAGAUUUCAAUUGAUGGUCGCUUUUCGUCCUAGUUGUUGUAGUUGUGAUCUCCGGUGAAAGUUCCCGUGGCCCAUUUUCUCCUUCUACACCUUCUAAUGAAUGGCUUAUAUACUGUUUAAGAGUUCUUCCAAAUAGAUGGAACAUAGCUCUUGGUUAGCCAAGAAAAUCGAAGUCAAGCACAUCUUGUGAGUCUAAGAUAUGAAACUAUCAUAUGCUUGAAAUGCAAUAUCAUUCAUCUGCUCGACUUGGAAUGCAUAUGCAAAUGUUGUAUAUUUUAGAACUUCAUGGCAUACUCACUUUUAUCUUCUUGUAUGUACGGCAACCAAUCAUAUACUAUCUCUGUAGUAACUUCUUAGCUGAAGAACAGAGAGACCAAAAUGCAGAAUAUGGUCAACAAAAGAAGCUUGGAAUCAUCUUUGUCGUCCAAGUCGAGUGCCCCAUCCGAACUUCAGAUUCUUGAUUGCUGCGAGCCCUUCACAUCAAGUAAAGAGCUUCUAGCGGCAAAAUCAGCAAAACUAGCUUCUUUGUUUGAGGAAAAAGAUUCCUGUGAAAGGAUAUCGCACUUCCUGCGAGACAUCUCCGCUGAUCCCAACACCUUUGAGCUUGUGGCGAGGUUCUGCCACGGGUUUGAAGUACAGCUUUCGACUGAAAAUGCAGUACCCCUCAUUUGCCUUGCUUUUUAUCUGGAAAUGACCGAAACUCACAGCCCCAACAAUCUUCUGAAGAAGGCUAUCGAUUUUCUCGAAGAAAGAGUCCUCCCGAGCUGGAACGAGACCAUCAGGGCCCUGCGACUCUCGGAGAAACUCCUUCAGCAAGCUGCGGAUCUUGGCCUUGUUGAUGCCUGUUUAAGUUCGAUUGUUGCAAAGGCACAAGUCGAUCCCCGCCUUCUCGGAAAGCCAAUUAAGGCUCCCAAAUUGGAUGAGAGCAGUGAGGGAGAGGAAGAUGGGGAGUGUAGACCCAAUGCAAGGAGAAAGCUUUUUGUUCUCGACUGGCAAUCAGAGGAUUUAACGACUCUUCCUCUGCGAUUUUAUGAGCCGGUCAUUAAAGCAAUGAACCUACAAGGCGUCCCGCCAGGAUAUGUGGCCGCAUCUCUUUGCCAAUACGUGAAAAGAUGGAUUUGUUCCAGCCCAACAGGAGACGAAACCAUGUCAAUGUACAAGAGGAACUCUCAGAGGGAAGUAAUCGAAGCAGUGGAGAGACUCCUGCCUCGUGAGCCGAGGCUCCUUCCAUGUAAUUUGUUGUUUCGGAUGUUGAACUCUGCAGUUUCACUGGAAGCAAGUACUGACUGUAGAAAUGGAUUCGAGAUCAGGAUAGGGAGACAACUCGACCAGGCAACCGUAACUGACCUCCUAGUACCUUUUCAAGGCUAUGCCACAGAAACACAAUAUGACAUUGGUUGUGUCAAAAGGAUCCUGAAAAGUUUCUACACGAACUACACUUGUUCGGAUGCAUCGGUAUUUAUCAAAGUAGCGGAUCUCAUCGAAGAGUUAUUGGCAGAAUUAGCAAGUGAUGUGGACUUAGAGGUCAAUUCGUUUCUCGCCCUGGCCGAGAUGUCGCUCGCAGCAUCCUUAGAAAAUCAUACAAAUUCUGAUGGAAUAUACCGCGCGAUCGAUAUUUACCUGGACAAGCAUAGGUUCUUGACAGAGUUGGAGAAAGAAGAGGUGUGUCGGGUACUGGACUUCCAGAAAAUGUCUCCUGAAGCAUGUGAGCAUGCAGCGCAAAAUGAAAGGCUGCCGCUAAGGGUGGUUGUUCAGGUGUUGUUUACUGAGCAGUUGAAGCUGCGAGAAACAGUCGUGCAGGAAGUAGUAGUGCAUAAUACCCAGCAACGAAUUGGAAAGGAUGGAGAAGAAGAGGCGGAGGAAAAUGAAGGGAAGUUGAGUAGUACCGAGGAAGGGUUGAGGAUCGAAAUGGAGAGGAUGAACAGCAAGGUGAUGGAGCUUGAGAGAGAGUGCGGCAUGAUGAGGAAAGAGAUGGCGAACGGAUACGGCAGCAGUCAUAAGUUGGAGAAGAGACGGAAAGUUAGUAUGUGGGGAGAGAUAAAGAGGAAGUUUGGGUGCAUGAGUAACGUGCAUGAUUGUAGCUCUCAAGUGAAGAAGAAGAAGGUGCAUGCUAGCCAUGGCUAAUGGUUUUUGGAUGUUUCACUUUUUGGGACAAAAGUGUUUCUUUCGUUUCCAUGUAUAUAGUGGUUUUUUGCAUCCUCAACUAGGCUUAGUUACUAUUCCACUGAUUGUGAUCCUCGUAGCAUUCUCUGGUUCAAAGAAGUCUUUGGAGGGAAUGGUAGGGCUGUUUGGCAGAGCUUAACCAAGAUUGUUCAUUUGACAGCUAAGCUUUGUAUAAUUUCACUAUUAAAUAAUUACUAGUUUGAGAUUCUCUCUUUUACCUGAUA